AGUUCCGGUCGCUGCGCAGUUCGUCAGUCUGUCGGUCUGUUUGGAUCCUGAGGCCCGAAACCAGCAACGCUCAACAUUACCUCCUACACCAACGCAGCCUGACAAAUUUGAAUUCUUUUUAUAUUUUACAUUGACCAAAAAGGCUUCUGUGUAUUGCCUGUGUGCGUGCUUUUUAUCAGCGUGCAGUCUACGCAAGUUGACCCGCUUUAUCGUCAGCUAGAUAAUCUGUCAUUAGCAUGAUUAGCAUGCUAACCUUAUGACAGAGUGCACUUGACUGUCUUGAGGUGCACCAAACGACAAGAAAUCGCCACAAACGGCUGAGGUCACUCAAGGUCAUCAGUAGGGGCGAAGUGGAUAAGUCUGGUUCUGACACAGAGGAAUGAGUCAUGACCACUGUGGUGAUUGUAGAUGGUGGAGGGAAUAUAUUGGAGUAUGUCACUGGAGAUGAGGAAGCUCAGCAGGAGGUUUGUCAUGAUGGGAUGGAGGCUGAUGAAGAGAAGGACUGUCCUGCAGUUAUAGUGGAGCAGGUGAAUAGCGCUGAUGUGGAGCAGUGUUAUGCUGCUCAGGUGUUAGUCUAUGAUGAUCAGAAUACCUACCUGGUGCAGGAUGUGGCUGAGGAACAAGUUGUGGAGACUGAGUUGCAGGAGAUGGCAACAGUGGAGGUCUCUGUGCAUGAUAAAACUAUUGAAGCAGCUGAAGCUUUGCUGCACAUGGAUUCACCAGCCAGCUUGCAGGGGGAUCGCAGCACAGAGGAGCUGUUAUCUGAGAUGGAGGUGGAAGUGACAUCAGAGGAUAUGGGACCCGUUGCCAAGGAUAUUGUUGUCCUGCAGGAGACUGAUUUACUGAAGAAGAAAAAGAGAGCAGGACGAAAACCCAGAACGCCAAGGAGUUUCUGUGAUGGUUCUCUGGAUAUGGUCUAUAAGAGGAAAUCAAAAGACAGCAAGGGCUCAACUACUUACCUCUGGGAGUUCCUGUUGGACCUUCUGCAGGACAAGGAAACCUGUCCAAAGUACAUUAAGUGGACUCAGAAAGAGAAGGGCAUAUUCAAGCUUGUGGACUCCAAAGCGGUGUCUAAAUUAUGGGGCAGACAUAAGAAUAAACCUGACAUGAACUAUGAGACAAUGGGGAGAGCACUCCGGUAUUACUAUCAAAGGGGCAUUUUAUCAAAGGUGGAAGGCCAAAGACUUGUGUAUCAGUUUAAGGAGAUGCCCAAAGACAUUGUUUUCAUAGAUGAUGACAACAUGGAUGACAGCAUUGAUGAAGGAAAGAGAGAGAGCCCAGCUGCAUCCAAUCGCAGCAACCCAAAAGGCAAAGGGACCCUGGUCUCUCCCUCUUCUGCUGCACCUAAAAUCAUCAAUCUAAGCUCAGGACAAGAUGCCUUCAUGACUGUGCAGCAGUCGCCAGACAACAUAGCAACAGCCUCUGGGACAAUGAGGCUUGCCAUGCAGUAUCCUGUACUCAUGACAACACAGGGUCAGAAAAUCUCCACAGUAACUGUCAACUCUCCCACCGUCCGCUCGCCGAUCUUCCCUGUGCCCAACUCAGUCGCUGGGGCUAACAACGCAGGCAAAGUGGUUCUCCAGGCCGUGCCAACGCUAGUGCCUGCUCGGGGCCAAAGUGGAGAGAGAAUCACCUUGCAGCUCAUCACCCUUCCCACCAUGCCUGGCAAACCCGGCACUCCCAUCACUCUGAGUACACUCUCCCCUUUCACUGUGUCUACCAGCAACGCCCAAGUCCUGAAGCUCGCUGUCCCCUCCAACAUCACCACCACUGCCUCCACAGCUCCUGUAACUGUGGUGUCCUCGCAGCCGGGAGUGACCGUGGUGCCGAACGUACAGCCAGCGAUGUCUUUACAGGAUGUGACUAUUAUUAAGGUUGAAUCUCCUGAUGUUUCUGUGGAUCAGACAGUUAACAGGGCUGCAGAGAACACACCGAGCACACAGACGAACCCCACGACCACACAGAGCUGAGUUAACAUCACUGGAACCAACAUCAGCGCUUGUGACACAGAUGCACAUAAAACAAGUGAUGUGAAGAGUGGCUGGCUCUUAUGUGAAACUGAAGAAACCAGCACUACAGCUCAGAUGCUUGUUCAUGUCCAACACUAUAACCCACGGUGGUUUGUCUAGCCUGAGCCUGGAUUAGAUGUCAGAUGGCCUUUCUUCCUUCUUUUAUUUCUUAAAUGUAUCUAUUCAAAUCACGCUUUGUUAUAGCAUACCAUCUGUGCUGUGAUGCUGUAGGAACGAACCUCACUUGGUGCUAAAGACUGAGAGGAAGUCAUAUGGGUGAAGAGAAACAGCCAAGAUUUUCAUCACCUGGUAAUUUGGAGCAUAAAAGAAUCUGUGCGUAGACAUACCAUUGCGGUAGUUAUUGAUAAUAAAACAAGCAGCCUUAGGUCAGCUUUUUUCUUCUAAAUCAUUACUGAAAGUAAUUGAUUGCGCUUUUUGUGUAAAUAUGAGAUGUUUUUUUUUUACAGUUUAAAGGAAACUUUUCUGAAGGACAUUCAAAUGUUUUUCCUGUUAUUUCAGAUUUUUUUUUAUAAUUUUCUUUGUGCAUUUAUCAUUGUAUGUUUUCAUGUAUCAUGCAUUCACUGCUUUGUAUUUUGCAAAUCUUUUUUUUUUUUCACAUGUACAAAAAUGGGAAAGAAUGUCUUAUACAGUAUAUUGAAUAUUCAAUAUAUGAAGCAUAUAUUUUGUUGUAUUCUUACCCUAAAAAUGUAUCCAAGUAGAUUUAAAUAUAGAGAAAUAUACAAACAACUGGUUCAAAGUUUUUUUAUUAUUAUUAUUUAUUUUACUAGAAAUGACUGUAAAUGUGAUCUUGAUUGAUAGAUUUUAAAAACCUCUCUCCAGUCAUUACCAUGACACAUGGAAAAAUCAUGGAAGUUUAUUGGUCUAAAUGUGGGAAACUUGUCUUCAUGGUGUGAAGUUUGAUCUUAGUCAUUUCAGUUCAAUUUCGGUCCAGUAUGAAACCAUUUUUCACAACCCAAAGAAUCUACUACUGUAGAGACUUUAUUAGUCUCUGUGGAAGGUACUAGGAUUACUGCAGAGCUAUUUAUUGUGUUAACUUAAAUUGUAUUUACUAUAUUUUUCGGACUAUUAAGUCGCAUCAGUCCAAAAACGUCAUGAUGAGGAAAAAACAUAAGUUGCACUGGACUAUAAAUAGCGUUUAUUUAGAACCAAGAAAAAAACAUUACAGUCUACAGCCGCGAGAGGGCGCUAUACGCAGCUCAGAUGUAGGCUACAGGAGCACUGAACAGCGUAGAGCGCCCUCUGGCGGCUGUAGACUCUUCGUUCAUGUCAAAUUAAUUGCGAUAAAUAAGUCGCACCUGACUAUAUAAGUCGCAGGACCAGCCAAACUAUGAAAAAAAGUUUGACUUAUAGUCCAGAAGAUACGGGUAAAUCUAUUUCUGCUAAUUGUCUCAGAUGGAUCCAGACGAGAAUAGAUUGGCUCUGAAGGAUGACAGUCUUUGCAUCCAGAUUAUGAAAGAUUUCACCAUUAAAGGAUCGAUUUAGAAGGCUGCAAGAAUAAUUUAAAUAAUUGUAAAAAGAAAUGACAAUGUUUAAAAUACAAAAGUUGUGUAGGUCAUUAAAGCAAAAAUCCACGCUAUGUAACUUUUCUUCAUCUAGAGGUUGAAGCAUAAAACUACAGGUUACAUGCGGAGGGACAUCUGUUAAUUAUGUGAGGUGUGCUUCGACUCCGCUCCGCUAGACUGUGCGGAUGAAUCUGAUGGUUUGAGGACCAUGGAUACAAAUGAUUGUGCGAGUGUCACUAACAUCUAAACUCUUGAAAGAAAGAUGGAUAUCAGAGAAAUGUAUCUUAUGAGCAAGUAAGCAGCUUAUGAGCCUCUUUUAUUUACUUGUGAAAACUUUUUUUAAUAUAACGUUACAAAGGUUAGCCAACGCUGACAUUAGAUAUGAGUGCCGUUUAUAUCAGGUAAGGUAAAACGAUGGACGUGUAAUGACACGAAAACAUUGUUUCGUAGACCUAACAAGUGCACACCAAAAGAGAUGCUAUGCAAUAUAUAUGUUGUUCCAUGUGUUAUGAGCACUGUGGCUUUUUACUUGUAAACUCUUUAGUUCGAGGUUUUGUUGUUAUGGCUUCAUGCUCCUAGGGCAAUAAAUAACGCAGCUUGUAGUAGCAGCA